AUGCCUGCUGAGCUUGCUUACAGUCAAAAUUCUAAUCCAUCAUCAGUCCUCGGGACGACUAAUCCGGAUGGCACUCCCCUACAAGGUCCAAUCUGCACUUGUCAUUCCUGUGGUGCUGUCUUUACGAGGUCAAGUGCACGAUUUUGCUCCAAGUGCGGGGCAAAGAAAGGAAGCAGUGCCGUAAAAUUUGAUCGCCAUUCUAACAUUGUCUCUAAUGACUUCAUUGAUUCUUCAAUCUCUAUCAAGGAGUUCCCUAAAAAUAUCACGCUAGAGAACGGUGAUACGCCGAAAUCAACCCCUACUAUCAACACCGAUCCCUCUGGAAGACCCGAGGAUAAGGCGGCGACGCACAAAGCCAAUCCCCACACCGUUUCUUGGGAGGCCUCGGCCGUCAAGAAGGACGAGGUCCUCUCUAAGAAUAGCAAAGCCACCGUCAAAAACAGCUCGCCCAAGAAGAAAAUAAAGCGCAAGAAGAACUCCCGGGGGUCGUUUGGGCAAAGCGCCAACGCAACCGACUUGAGAGGAGGGACGGACCCCAUUUCGACCCCGGCGGAGGGGGGCGCGGCGUCCUUUUUGAGUGAGACGGAGUCCCCGAAACUUCGCGGGGCCGACUUCUCCGCCACCGACGAUUCCAUAGGCUACAACAUCUCCAGCACCAUCGGGGUUUCCUCCACCGACGAGGCCCAGUACAACAUCUGGGCCACCCUAAGUCCGGAAAAUCUCACGCCGGAGAUGCUCCAAACCCCGAACGCGGAGAUGCUCAAGUCGUGGCGAAAAGGAAAUUUGGUGGGCCGCGGCACCUACGGCUCGGUGUUUCUCGGAUUGCUGCCAACUGGCGGCUUUCACGCCGUCAAGACGGUCGAUAUAUCGCAAAAAGGCUGCUUAGAUGUUCUGAACUUUAAUGCGAAGAUGUUGGUGUCGUUGUCGCGCGAGAUCAACAUCAUGCGCCGCCUUCGCCAUCCAAACCUGUGCGGCUUCACCGGCGUUCUUUUCGAUCCCGAGGCCUCAAGUAUAUGUAUUUUCAUGGAAUACAUCGGCGGUGGCUCCUUGGCGAAUAUUAUCCGGCGUUUUAAACCCCUCCCCAUUCCCGUUGUGCGCAGUUGGACCAAACAACUACUCAGUGGGCUGCUUUAUCUGCACUCCCAGAACAUCAUGCAUCGCGAUAUUAAGGCGGAUAACGUCCUGGUGGACACCAAUUCGGACCCGGAGAGCGAAACGCAGAUCAAGUUGGUGGAUUUUGGCGCCGCGCGUAGGCUGAUGGAUGCCUUUUCCCAAAGCCACACCCUCAUCGGGACGCCGUAUUGGAUGGCGCCGGAGGUGGUCAGUAUGUCUAAUUUCGACACCGGCUAUAGCUAUAAGGCUGAUGUCUGGUCGGUGGGGUGUACGGUGGCUGAGAUGUUGACGGGAAAGCCGCCGUGGCCCUGCCAGUCGAAUGCCCCGGCUACCAUUAUUAUGAUCGCAUCGUCUAAAGGUCUGCCCACGGAGCUUCCGAAGGAUGAGGCCACGCCGGGGUGCUAUGAUUUUAUGCUCCAGUGUUUUGAGCGGAACCCGGAAAAGCGACCAACGGUGGAGAAGCUACUGCACCACCCAUGGAUACGGGGGGAGGUGGAUUGA